AUGAACGUUACUCAGAUCCAUGCGAGCGCUGUUGCUCUGCCGUGCAGCCGGUCACCCGUCGCUGGAUUCGCGAAGAAAGUCACGCUGAAACCAGGGCUCGUGUUCCACUGGAAGGUGCUGUAUGGGAACACGCUCCGCGCCGCGAUCAUCGCGCAGGCAAGCAGCGGCGCGCAAAAAGGGUGGAUCGCGAUCGGGUGGACCAAGAGCGCCGGGAAAAUGUACCCCGCGGAUGCCGUCGUGGGGAAUCUGGGCACCGCGCCGGCUAAAGUCGAGCCGACUGCCAGAAUGUUCUCUCCCGGUUCAAGUUCACUCAAAAGCCACAGAUCUGACCCGCACAUCUCUUUCCCUCCCGCCCCGCAGGUUCACUCGCAGCGGGACAUCGGGACUGUCGCCGAUCAACUACAAGGGCAGCAACAACAUGGUCUGGGCCUACUCCGUUGA